UCAUUACAGCCUGGCCGCCUAUAUAAGCUGCAGAGUCUCACCAGAUGAUCACAAGCGCAACCAAGCCGACCUAGAGAAAGACUUGAAAUCUCGGGGGUUAAAAUCAUGAAGGUCCUUGUUGUGCUCGUCCUAGCCGCUUUUGCUGGCUGUAAUGCUAACCUCUUCUAUGCUGAUGCACCGAAGCCACAGCUGGAAGUGCUGACUGAUUCUUUCUGGGACUAUGUUGGCAAAGCCACUCAGACAGCUGAUGACACUCUUCAGAUGAUCAGGAAGACUCAGUUUGGACAGGAAGUCAGUGCCCGUCUCACAGAAAGUACCGACUUGGCCAACAAGUAUGCAGUCACCCUGCAGGAGCAGCUUCCCCCCGGAGCCCAGGAACUGAUCACCAAAGUCACCACAGAGGCUGAAUUGUUGAGAGAGCGUGUGACCCAGGACCUGAACACCGCCCGGGAGAAGCUGGAGCCCUACACUGACACCAUGAAGGCCCAGAUCCAGCAGAGGGUUGAGCAGCUCAAACAGGAGCUGGCCCCCUACGCCGAAUCCCUGGACUCUGACACCCUGAGGACCACCCUGGUGCAGAAGACCGAGGAGCUGAAGGCCGGCCUGGAGCAGAGUGUACAGGAUCUGCAGACCCAGCUGGAACCCUACACCGGUGACCUGAAGGAGAAGGUGGACCAGCACCUGCAGCAAUUCCGGGAAAGUGUCACUCCUGUGACCGACAGAGUCCAGAGCGAGCUCACGCAGAGAGCCCAGCAGGUGAAAGAAAUGGCUGGCCCCUACGUUGAUGAGCUGAAGGGGAAACUGGACCCCUACGCCCAGGACCUCCAGGCUCGUCUCACCUCCCUCUAUGAGUCCUUUGUUAAUUCCAGCUAAGUUAACCUCAUGUAACAAAGACUGCAUCAAAUGAAAAGACCAAAUCCUCCCAGGAACACAACCAUGUUAGUAUGACAACACUAAUUUACCUGCUUCUAAGUUGCAGGUGUUUAUAGGCAUCAUCACCAAAAGCUGUUCUGUGACCAAACACUGUGCUCUAUUCCUAGUAUGGAAAAGAAAGUAUGGAAAAUAAAGUAAACGCAAACCAA